GGCCCCCACCGCCCCGGCGGGGUGGGGACACAGGAGGCCCCGCCCCGCCCCGCCCCGCCUCGCCGCACGGAAGGGGCUGGGCCGGGCGUGACGCGGUGGGAUGGCGGAGCUCUACGUGAAGCCGGGCAACCAGGAGCGUGGCUGGAACGACCCUCCCCAGUUCUCCUACGGGCUGCAGGCGCAGGCCGGGGGUCCCCGGCGAAGCUUGCUCACCCGCCGGGCCUGCCCUCCGCCCGAGGGGGCGCCUCCAGGGGCGCACCCAGACCCGGCCCGUGCGCCUGCUGCCCCCGCAGCACUGCCCCCACGAGCGCUAGGGCUGCCCCGCGCCCGGCCCGCCAGCCCCGGUCCGCGGACAGAGAGCGGAGGGCCGAGCUCCGCGGACUGCUCGGAGGAACGGGGCCUGCCCGCCGACGCCGUCCUCGCCCCACUGAAGGAGGCCCUCGCUGCCUGCCGCGCCAGGGUGCAGAAACAAGUGUGUGAUGACAUCGGGCGGCGUCUGACAGUGCUGGGGAAUGCCUGGGCUCAGGGGAAGCUCUCUGCACCGGUGAGGAAGAGGAUGACCCUCCUGGUACAAGAGCUCCAACAGCAGCACUGGGAUGCAGCUGAUGAGAUCCACCGCUCGCUCAUGGUGGACCACGUGAACGAAGUGAGCCAGUGGCUGGUGGGUGUCAAGCGUCUAAUCGCCGAGACAAGAAGCCUGCCACCUGCAGAGACAGAUGGCAGUGCCGAGGCUGACCCAAGCCAGGAGAAUCCCUGAUGCCAGGCAUGGGUCUGCAGACUGUGAGCAUGGGAGCCUGUGAGAAGGGCCUCUGCUACCCAAAGAUGUCUGGGCGUCUCCUCUGCUACCCACUCCUUGCCCAGGAAAAGGGCAUUUUAAUCAUGUCGACAUUUUAAUGACAAUUCACUACCUGGUGUUUAAUAAACAGCACUAACUUGCCUCUA